AUGGAUGUCAAAGAUUUUGAAGCUCAACGCGAUCCAGAAAUAACAUUUAAGCCCAAAAAGAGAAAAAAUCUUCGCCAACGAGUGAAAGUGGAAGAAGAAGACGAAGAGGAUGAAGCCCAAAUUUUAGCAAAAUUGAAAGAGGCAAAAGAACUCCAACGACUUCGAGAAAGGCCUAAUGGAGUAAGCAUCAUUGCGCUGGCGACUGGACAAAAGGCAACUUUAGAAGAUGAGAUCACGUGUAAAGAUCCGUUUAAAGUUAAAUCUGGGGGUUUAAUAAACAUGCAGGCUUUAAAAGGGGGUAAAAUAAAGCAGGUUGAUGAUGCGUACGAUACUGGAAUUGGAACACAAUUUUCGGCUGAGACUAAUAAACGCGAUGAGGAUGAAGAAAUGAUGAAAUACAUAGAGGAACAACUGGCGAAACGAAAAGAGGGAAAUGACAAAAAUUGUUCAGAAAAUGAUGAAAAUGAUACUCUAAAGUAUUUAUCACCCGAAGAAGCAGCACUAUUAUCAUUACCAGAACAUCUCAGAGUUUCCUCUACUCACAAAUCAGAAGAAAUGCUUUCAAAUCAAAUGCUCAGUGGUAUCCCUGAAGUUGAUCUUGGUAUUGAAGCUAAGAUAAAAAACAUUGAAGCCACUGAAGAAGCUAAAAUGAAACUUCUUUGGGAGCGACAAAAUAAAAAAGAUGGUCCCUCCCAGUUUGUUCCGACUAAUAUGGCUGUUAAUUUUGUACAGCACAAUAGAUUUAACUUAGAAAAUGCUACUAAUAAGAGAAAAAAAGUUGAAAAGGAAGAUAUAAAGGAAGUGAAAGUUGUAUCUUCCAUUGAUGAAAGUGUAGACAAAAUUGUUAAGAAAGCUAAAGGAGAGAGAGCAACUGAUGAUUAUCAUUAUGAAAAGUUUAGAAAACAAUUCAGAAAGUAUUAA